AGGGACGAGCGAUAAUGAACAAUCAGAAAGGCUACUCUAUCUCUUCCCCUACUGUAUCGAAUGAUUUUUAGCGAUGAUCAAGUGAAAUCGGAAUUCCUCCGACUUCCCCAUUUUCUCCAGGUUACAUAAACUUUCUCCCGUCCUUCCCAUCGAUCUUUGCUUUUAUGCGUUUUGACGAUUCGAAGGAGGCUGGGGGUGAUUGUUCGCGGAAGUUCGCCGGCAUGGAAGCACUGGCGAAUGCUUGUCUGGCAGGUAUGGCUGCCGACUUUCUCGAGCAAGUCUUCUAUAGGCAUGCUUCUUUCUCCUGGGACGACUCAGGCGUUGCCGUGAAGGCACUGUGGCUCGGUUCCGGCGAGCGGCCCGCCUCGUCUGCUGGAGGCGGCGUAGGGUUUGGCCUAGGGUUUAAUUUGGCUGAGAGGAGAGUGUUUGCAACCUCGGAGGAGGGUGAUGGUAGCGAGAAUAAAUCUCCUGAGGAGGGCAAUGUGAAACCGUACACGGAGGGAGAGACACUGGUACAACUACCGACGAGCAUGUCUCUGGAGUUCGGACAUGUGCAGUCUUAUCAAAUCCGGCCAAACUAUCCUCCAAAACAGGUUUUGCACGAGCAAGCAGCUGAGCGGGGAGCUGAGCCGCCAGGGCCGCGCCCCAAACUGCGGGCGAGGGGUGGACAAGCCACUUAUCCUCACUGUAUCGCCGAGCGGACUGACAGAGACGUUAUGCUUGAUGAACUUUUGGAUCAUUUGAAGCUUUUAAGGCUCCGAGUGAAGGUUCUAAGCAUGAGCAUGCUGAGUGGUGCUAAUGUCGUGGCACAGUUUCUGGCAAACAUCCCUCUUCAAUUGUUCGAGGCCAAUGGCUGUAAACCGACCAAGCAGCAGGUGUGGAAGAUGAAAUGGUUAAAUGAACGCUCUGAUAGAAAAAUAGCGAAGCUAAUGGAACUGAAACCUCCUGAGCCUAACGCCCCAUUAUAGAACCAGGUUAGACCUGCACGUGCCCAUCAACUACUCCUAUACAGGUACUUCUAUAGUAUUAUCAGAGCUUGCAUUACUUCAGAAAAAAAAAGAUUGUCUUAAGAUACUUUUCCCUUCGCCAUCUUUUGCUUCAUAUUGGAUUUUCUUUUUGUUUAACCUUUUUGUCAAAGAUUUGGUUCACAGUGCAAAGAGAGUGCUGAUUGCGAUUUGGAGAAUGGUUUUUUUGUGUACAAAUACCCAUCAAAAUGUAUAUUUUGUGUGAAGUGGUGAAUGCAUGUGUGUAUGUGCUACCACAUGCCUUUAUUUUGUUGGUUGAUUGAAGCAUGCAAUCGAAUAUGAGAUAUUGAAUGGUUUUUUAUAAUGAAUUCUUUGUUUUUUUAUUC